AUGAAGUCUGUCUUGGCCAGCGGCGCCCUCACAUUAGCCUUUUCCUUGGCUGCAUUGGCUGCCGACGCAUUCCAGGCAUCCUCCUGGGACUCGACCCAUAUAAUCCGACGGGAUGUAGUGAUAGUCGGUGGCGGUGCAGCAGGCACCUACGCUGCCAUUCGCCUCAAAGACCAUGGAAAGUCUGUGGUCCUCGUGGAAAGGAGAGACAGACUUGGCGGCCAUGCAGUCACCUACAAGGACCCCAACACCGGGGGCUCAGUUGACUACGGCGUGCAGGUCUAUGACAACAACACCGUUGUGCGUGAUUUCUUCAGCCGCUUGAAUACUCCAUUGGCCGAUCUUUCUUUUGCGUCAUUCGGGAAGCCGGUCUAUGCAGAUUUUGAAGAGGGCAUGCUCCUGAACCUCACUGCCGGCACCCUGGGUCAGGAUUAUAUUAAUGAGCUCAACAAGUAUCCAUAUUUGGAUAAUGGCUUUGAGCUUCCUGAUCCCGUGCCGGAGGAUUUGCUGCUUCCCUGGGUCGAAUAUAUCGGAAAAUAUAAUAUCGAUCUAUCGACCGCCAUCGCCACUCUUGCUCGGCCAGCAGUCACCGGGAAUCUUCUCAACAUUCUCGCGAUCUACGUAUUCAACAAUCUCAACCAUCUUCUGCUCCACGAAAUGUCGGGGGCAGUCGUUGUCAAUGCCAAUCGCGACAACUCCCAGCUUUACCGCAACGCGGUGUCUGAACUGCAGCCCGAUCUCCUUCUCAGGUCCAGAGUGGUCGCCGGGCAGCGGAGGACCAGAAAGCGCGACGGCGUGCGACUCGUUGUUGACACUCCAACAGGUCGCAAGCUUAUCAUCGCCAAGCAAUUGAUUGUUGGGAUGCCCCCUAUCCUAGACAACAUGAGGACCUUCGGCCUCGACUCGCACGAGCACAGCGUCCUCUCACACAUUUACGGCUUGCCGUACUAUGGUGGCGUGGUGAGCGACACUGGCCUCGCCCCAGGAUUUAGCUUCAAGAACUACGCUGCCAACACCUCCUACAAUCUUGCUGAGAUCCCUAGCGUGGUUGCUUUCAAUCCUUCCUCGGUUGAUGGUCUCUUCUACUACUGGUACAAUGCUCCCCAACCCGUUUCGCAGCGACGCAUCGAGACCGAAGCCAGGGAUGCAAUUAAGACACUUCAGAGACUCACCAAUAGUACCACCCAACCGGAGCCGAAAUUCCUAGCGUUUUCAGACUUUGCGCCCUACCAGUUGCGGGUCUCUGCCGAGGCUAUUCGGAAUGGCUUCUACGACGAUAUGUAUGGUCUACAAGGUCACCGGAACACCUGGUAUACCGGAACGCUCUUCGUUACCGGUUCUAGUCAGGUGUGGAACAAUACGGAGGUGAUGCUGCCUGAGAUUCUAGCAGCUGUAAAUUCUAGCUAG